CCAAAGAACAGUCGCAGCUAGCAAGCUUACCUUUAUACACUUCCGUUAAAAUUCUCAGCCUUUGCUUGUGAUUUUGUUUCCGCUUGUUAACCUUGAAAAUGGCACAUUUCCAAAACAAAUACGGAGCAGCCCAUAGCACAGAUGCAUACGGCAACGUGAUUCCUACGGACGAAUAUGGCAACCAAGGUGGGCAGCAGCAGCGUCAUGACCUUUCCUCUGAGUACGAUGGGCAAGGCGGGAGAAGGAACAAGGGGCUGAAGGAGAAGGUAAUGGAGAACAUACCUGGAGUUGGAAACAAGGACCAUCGAAAUGAUACAUCAUCUGCCAAUCCAAUCCGACACAGUGGCACUACUCACCAAGGUGGGCUGCAGCAGCGUCAUGACCUUUCCACCGAGUACGAUGGGCAAGGCGGGAGAAGGAACAAGGGGCUGAAGGAGAAGAUAACGGAGAACAUACCUGGAGUUGGAAACAAGGACCAUCGAAAUGAUACAUCAUCUACGACUCAUACUACGACGCAUACUACGACGGCCGGCGGUUACGGUACUGGGGAACAGGCGCAGCAUCAUCAGCAAGCAGAGAAGAAGGGUGUGAUGCAAAAGAUCAAAGAGAAGCUUCCUGGGCAACGUACUACUACUCAUGAUCAGCAUAACCAGCACUACUAGUUGUCGCAUUUCUAAACGUACCUACAUGUUUAGGUGUGUGGGAAAUGCUCCUUUGUAACUUAGGAUUAGACUGUAUCAUAAUUAAGGUCCAGAUCCGGUUCGUAGGAGGUUUGCUUAAUUACAGGCUAAAGCACGUCUUUAAUAUGAGAUGCAUUCGUACGUGCAUGCAUAUGUUGGGGUACUGUGUGUUGUACUUGGUUUUUGGUUUUUGGUUAAUAUGUUAUGUCGUGCAUAUAUAAGCAUAUACUAUCGGGCUUCAGCCAGCUUUCCU